AUGCCGAACUAUACAAAGACUGCAAUUCUAUCAGUUCAUGAUAAGACUGGUUUGUUAGAUUUGGCCAAAGGUUUAAGUGAUAAUAAUGUUAGGAUAUUAGCUUCUGGUGGAACUGCCCAGAUGGUAAGGGAGGCAGGGUUCCCUGUCGAGGAUGUUUCUGAAGUCACCCAUGCUCCUGAGAUGUUGGGUGGUAGAGUUAAAACUUUGCAUCCUGCUGUUCAUGGUGGUAUCUUGGCAAGAAAUUUGGAGAGUGACGAGAAAGACUUAAAACAACAGCAUAUUGAAAAGAUUGACUUUGUUGUUUGUAAUUUAUACCCUUUUAAAGAAACAGUUGCCAAGAUCGGAGUCACUGUUGCAGAGGCUGUCGAGGAAAUAGAUAUCGGUGGGGUUACUCUGUUGAGAGCUGCUGCCAAAAAUCACUCAAGAGUCACAAUCUUAUCAGAUCCAAAGGAUUAUUCGUUAUUUUUAUCAGAAUUGAAAUCCGGUAAAGGUGAAAUUCCACAAGAGUUAAGAAAUGAAUUGGCUUUAAAAGCUUUUGAACAUACUGCCGACUACGACAAAACCAUCUCUGAUUUCUUCAGAAAACAAUAUUCUGAAGGUAAAGCUCAAUUGCCUUUGCGUUAUGGUAUAAAUCCACAUCAAAAACCGGCUCAAGCUUAUGUAGAUAGAAUCGAUGAAUUGCCAUUCAAAGUCCUAUCUGGUACUCCAGGUUACAUCAAUCUUUUAGAUGCUUUGAACUCUUGGCCAUUGGUAAAAGAGUUAUCUGCUUCUUUAAAUUUACCAGCCGCAGCAUCUUUUAAGCAUGUCUCACCUGCUGGUGCUGCUGUUGGUGUACCAUUAACUGAUUUGGAAAAACAAGUCUACUUCGUUUCUGAUAUUGAAAAUUUAUCACCUUUAGCUUGUGCCUAUGCAAGAGCUCGUGGUUCGGAUAGAAUGUCAUCUUUUGGUGACUGGAUCGCCUUAUCCAAUAUUGUAGACGUUCCAACUGCUCAAAUUAUAUCAAAAGAAGUCUCAGACGGUGUCAUUGCACCAGGUUUUAAGCCUGAGGCUUUGGAAAUCUUAAAAAAGAAGAAAAAGGGCAAGUAUUGCAUUCUACAAAUAGAUCCAAAUUACGAACCUGAACCAAUAGAGACAAGAAUGGUUUAUGGUAUUAAUUUACAACAAAAAAGAAAUGAUGCAAUUAUUAAUAAAGGUACUUUCAGAGAAAUCGUCUCUAAAAAUAAAAAUCUAACAGAUGCAUCCAUAAUUGAUUUAACUGUAGCUACUAUCGCAUUAAAAUAUACUCAAUCAAACUCUGUUUGUUUAGCUAGAAAUGGUAUGGUUGUAGGUCUUGGUGCAGGUCAACAAUCAAGAAUACAUUGUACUAGAUUAGCUGCUGAAAAGGCAGAAAAUUGGUGGCUAAGACAUCAUCCAAGAGUGCUUGGUUUCCAAUGGGCAGAAGGUGUUAAAAGACCAGACAAAUCAAAUGUAAUUGACUUAUAUGUUACUGGGCAAAUUCCAAUUGAAGGACCAGAAAAGGAAGACUACGAAUCAAAAUUCUCAACUGUUCCAACGCCCCUAACAGAACAAGAAAGAAAAGACUGGAUCUCAAAACUGAAUAAUUUAUCCUUAUCUUCAGAUGGUUUCUUACCAUUCCCAGAUAACGUUUAUAGAGCUGUUAAAGCUGGUGUAAAAUAUAUUGCUGCUCCUUCUGGUUCAGUUAUGGAUAAAGUCGUCUUUAACACUGCUGAUGCUUUCGAUUUGGUAUAUAUUGAAAACCCAAUUCGUUUAUUCCAUCAUUGA